AUGCUCGGCCUUGGUCGUGCCAUCGGUACAGUGACAAGAAUCAGAGACCAGCGUCUGGCAGAGGAAGAUGGCAAGAUUGAGGCAUUCUUCAAACCGUUCCGCAACACCAUCGCCCCCCCCGGUACUGAUGACUGGUGGAAAGUCGACAUCUACUCCAGCCUUCAAGCCUUUUCUUUGAAGGGUGUAUCGCUCAUUCCUGAGCCCGACACUCCUGUUAUGAUCACGUUCUAUGAACGCGAGACCCCGGAGGCCACCGAGCUCAAGAAAUACGUCUACAAAGGAACUGUCGUGGAGAAUCUCUUCGACACACCCAACGUCACAUUCGUUGCCAGAGUCUCAGGCAGACCCUUCUGGAAGUUCAACAAAGAGACCGUCAGCUGUUCAGUCGAGGUGACGGGCAACGAGGUUUCGGUGAUUCGUCAACACGCGGCCUUCUCUGUCGCUGCUAAAGGACUGACCCGCGAUAAGAGUAUCGACUGGGAUCACAUUCUGUUCGAUGCUCCACCAACUCCCUCGACAGUCUCGAGGAAUGCUUGGACCGAAGAGAUCAAGCAAUACGAAGGCAUGAAAGAGGAGUUCCUCAAGGAAGCAAAGGACACCUUCAACCUUAACGACAAGCAAAUGGAGUUCACAAAGCACUUUGUCGAAAACGACACAGGAAUCUCCCUCUUGGUUGGCCCUCCUGGCACCGGCAAGAGUGUCGACAUGGCGGCCAUCAUCUUGCUGUACCUCACUCUCAACAAGAAGUACCGCAAGAAGGGUUCUGCAAAGAAAAUCCUGGUGACUGCGCCAUCUAAUGUUGCCGUUGACGAGCUGCUCUCCAAAUGCAUCGCCGCCGGUAGUGAAAAGAUGGGUUUGAAGUUAGUCCGCUUCAAGGGAGGCAAGCCUUCUCUCAAGCGCGACGCUGAAAACGAUGUGGCCAUGGCUGGCACAGAUGACGCAGCCGAGACUUUGGAAGAUGCGUACUGGAACAUCAUGGAAGCCACCCUCGGUGGCGCCAAGAACCCGUCCAAGGGUGUACACAAGGAUAGAGAGUUCAUUGCAGACUUCAUCCGCACCAUCAAGGGUUGGCCCAAGAAUCAUGCCAGCAAGAACGAUGCCAAAGCCUACCUUGGACUUCUCGAAAAGCUCAUCUCUAAGGAGAAGGGGACGGCAGUACAACGCCGCCAACUGAUAGCCGAGAAGGACGAGCUACAAGAAAAGCUCUACAAGGCAUACUGGGAGGAAGUCGAUGCCGCCUUCACGACCAUGAACGGCGCCUCGAACGACGCCUUGGCCUCAUUCGAACCAACCCUCGCCGCGAUGGACGAAAUUGCUCAGGCCAACCUUGGCGACAUGCUGACAGUCUUGGUACCAUUCCCUACCAUCGAGAACGCAGUUGGCGCUGGUGACCCUAGACAGAUCAGAGGCAGGGCAUUGGCUGAGGGCAGAAACGAGUUCUUCGUUAUCCAAUUGGAGUCUGUCAUGCACAAGGUCGUGAACCGCAGGGCACAAACCGGUGAAGAUCACACCCUCAGCUAUGUCCAGCUGGAAGUACAGCACCGUAUGGAUCCAGAGAUCGGAGGCCCAAUCAGCGACAUCUUCUACGGAGGAAAACUCAUUCAUGCUCCGGUCACAAUGCAGGUCCAGCCCGUGCGUGAGACUUGGAAGGACUGCUUCAAGCAGCAUCUUGGAGCUGCAUACGAUGGCAACAACAGAUUUGCUAUCGACAUUAGUGGCGAGAAGAACCAAUCUGUCUCUUGGAAGGGUUCUACCUCAUUGUGCAAUCAACAUGAGGCCGACGCAAUAUGUCAGAUGAUCAAGGUUAUCUUGCAGCAUCCUCCUCCGGCCAACGGCGUGCGUGUGGAGCCCCACAACAUCAUCAUCACCACCGACUACGCCGGUCAGGAGUCGUUGUUCAAGGUUAUGCUGCAAAGAUGGACAUACCGUGUCGAUGGUGUGGAGCAGCCUCUAGGAGGAUCUGGCGACAACAGAGUCCGAGUGAGCACGACCAGCAAGACACAAGGUUCAGAAGGCGACCUUCAGUUCAUCUCGUUGGUCAAGAACGAUGUCAAGAAGCUCGGCAGUGUCAAAUUCAUUGCAACUCCAGAAUUUGUCAACGUCAAGUGGUCGCGAGCCAAAUAUGGUCAGGUUGUCGUGUGCAACAUGCAACCCUUGCAUACCGCCAUCAAGAACGGUUACGUCGGCUGGGUUUUGCCUGGCUCAGGCAAGAAGAAGGCUGAGUUUAUCAAGAUGAUCACCAGUUUCUGGCCC